GAUGUUCUUAAAUGGCCGAGGGUCCUGUACCCCAGAUUUGGUCUCCGCAUUUCUGUCAUUUAGCUCAGCUUAGUGAUCUGAGACACUAAAGCUUUAGGAGCGCUUUCUCCCAUCAUGCGUCUCUCCCCAGCAUGGUAUCAAUUUCUAGUAGGCGUUUUCGCCUCGCUGGGUUCAUUCUUGUAUGGAUACGAUCUAGGUGUGAUCGCUGAAGUCAUCGCCUGCGGGUCGUUCAUAUCCAGAUUCAAUUUGAAUGACACUCAAUCUGGACUCGUGGUGUCCAUGUUCACUGCAGGUGCUUUCUUUGGUGCAGCGUUUGCAGGCCCUAGUGGUGACAAGCUAGGCCGACGAUGGACCAUUACUGUCGGUUGUGUUCUCUUCUGCCUCGGAGGUGGUCUUCAGACUGGAGCACGAACUGUUGCCUUCCUCUAUAGCGGAAGGUUCUUUGCCGGCCUGGGGGUCGGUUUCCUUACUAUGAUUAUCCCUCUGUACCAGGCUGAGAUCUGCCAUCCGGACAUUCGUGGUCGUGUUACUGCUCUGCAGCAAUUCAUGCUAGGAGUUGGGUCUUUAUGUGCUGCCUGGAUCUCAUAUGGCACAUAUAUCGGAUUUUCCGAAACCAAUGACACACAAUGGCAGCUACCCCUUGGACUGCAGAUUGCACCAGCUGUCUUCCUGGGACUUUUGAUCAUGCUUUUCCCUGAGUCUCCCCGGUGGCUCAUUGACCACGGUCAGCACGAGAAAGGCCUGAAGACAUUGGCAAUGCUUCAUGCCCACGGCAACGAAGAGGACCCUUGGGUUCGUGCGGAAUUCAACCAGAUCCAAGAAAGCAUUGUCUAUGAGCAUGAGCACGAAGCCAAGUCCUACAAGGAACUUUUUACAUCACGAUCAUCCUUUCGUCGCCUGUUUCUUUGUUGCGCAUUGCAAGCAUCUGUACAGAUGACUGGUGUGUCUGCAAUUCAGUACUACUCCGUAACCAUCUAUGGUCAGAUUGGUAUUAGCGGCGACAAAACGCUACAAUACCAGGCUAUCAACUCCAUCAUUGCCCUUGUAGCUCAGUUCCUCUGCAUUCUCUUCAUCGAUCGAGUCGGUCGCCGCUGGACUCUGAUCUGGGGUAACCUAGGGAACAUGGUAACAUUCAUCGUUGCCUGCAUCUUGUUAGCGCAGUUCCCCCCAGAAAGUCACAACACCGGAGCCCACUGGGGCUUCAUUAUCAUGACUUGGCUAUACAACUUCUCGUUCUCGUGCACCUGUGGCCCUCUCUCCUGGAUCAUCCCGGCAGAGGUAUUCGACACCCGAACGCGGUCGAAGGGCGUUUCGUUGGCUACUAUGACCUCGUAUGCAUUCAACACGAUGAUUGGACAGGUGACGCCCAUUGCCAUGGAGAGUGUGCGCUAUCGAUACUACUUCCUCUUCAUCAUCUGCAACUUCACGAAUGCGGUGUUCUUCUGGCUCUUGCUUCCCGAGACGAAGAAAUUGCCGCUGGAAGAGAUGAACUAUCUGUUCUCGAAUUCUCCGUGGAUUGUGGCGGGAAAGCGUAAGGAGGAUUAUGUUCCUCAUGAUUUACAGCGGAGGCUUGAGGAGGAGGCGGAGAAAAGAGAGGUCUUCGCCACUCACAAUGAGGUGAGUUGAGCACUGGGAAAGAAUUUAAGGUCAGCCCGUUAUGUGUUCUAUGUUUUGAUCAGAGGGUUGAGUAAGGAGAGUAUGUUCUUACUGGCUCCAAAUUAUGAUGAUUGCACAGAUAGCAAUUAUGU